UCCGUCUACGAGUCAGAUACACACAGCACAUACAAAAGUCACACUAAAGAGGACUUUGAAGAAAAAUACGAAGAGCAGGAUAAGCUGGGUGAAGGAGGCUUUGGGACUGUCUUCUUUGGAAAACGCAGAGAAGACAAUUUCCCAGUCAUAAUGAGACAGCUGGUACAUGCAGCCGCUGAAAUGCAAUCCAAGGGUGUCUUCCAUCGAGACAUUAAGCCAGACAAUAUUGUGUUUGACACAUCGCCUGAUCAUCCAGCAUUUCUAUGUGUCAAAUUCAUCGAUUUUGGCAUUGGAGUCCCUUUUAGAGCAGAAGCAGUCACACGAAGAAAUGGGACCAAAUCAGCCGCUGUAAACUGGCAGGACUUUAAUGCCACCACAGCAGAUUGCGUCACAGUUUUGCAGCUGGGUGCGGUGAUGGAUUGGCUGGUACGUCACAUCAUCCCUGAUGACAACAACACAUCUGAGAUGCACACUGACAUUUCAGAGGGGAAGCUGAAUGUUAAUUCUUUAACCUGUCACAUUACAAAAACUUGAAAAAAUCCCCCAAAGAAACCAAAUUCCAAGAAAUCCAAUCAUGGAAAUGUUUGCACACACUUGUGAUUAUGCACAGAGGUCCACCCUACCAGCCAACCUCAGAUCUCCACGCAUGCACAAAUGAAUGCACAUACAUCGACACACAUUCUGGUAUUGAUAUUUGACAUCACAGUAGAGACGCAAAUCUGGCAUAGCUCUGAGGUCUUUCAGUCCCAUCUCUGGCUAACAGGCCAAAAAUUAAGUCUACUAGGAGACGGGGGUGUCGACCAUACAAGAGGUAGUGGGGUGAAAAGCCUGUUGCCUCAUGCCUGGUGCAGUUGUAUGCAUGUACUAUCUGAGGCAGAUGCUC